AUGUAUAACAAAGCCAACUUUGCGUACCGCAAGCGAUAUUUGAAGUCACCACCGGCCAGGUCAAUUGCCGUAAGGUCUUGUGCUGUUCGGGAAUUAGAGUCGCGCAGGUGGUUGCUAAUAAGACCAAGCUUUCUCCGUGAAGGAAAUGCCAAUACAGUCCGUAUCAUUUCCACGCUGGGUCGAAAAUAUUAUGCUGGAGAUUUUGGCUCUCAUGUGAAUUCAUCGACACGAAUACGAAGUGGCGACGGGCGCAUCGAGUUCGAGCAAUUGAGGAGGGCCAAGACUGCUAUUGCUAUUGUAAUGUCUCAUUCGGGAAGAACAGAGCAGACAGAGCAGGUGCUUCAAAGUUGA